AGCCGCCCCCAUGAUGGACAGCCGUAUCCUGGAGCAUCCCCAUGCCCAGUUCGGGGGUAUGGUGGGUUUCCCUUACCCGCUCGGUCACCACCACGUCUACGAGCUGGCCGGGCACCAGCUGCAGUCGGCGGCCGCCUCCGUCCCCUUCUCCAUCGAUGGAUUACUGAGCGGCUCCUGCGCCGCCUCCGUCGUCAACCCGGCGCCUCUCAUCCCCUCCGGCUGCGGGGUGAGCGGGGACAGCCAGCCCUUCAAGCUCGCAGACUCGGGUGACCCGGACAAAGAAAGUCCUGGCUGUAAAAGAAGACGAACCCGCACCAAUUUUACUGGCUGGCAGCUCGAGGAGCUGGAAAAGGCGUUUAAUGAGAGUCAUUACCCGGACGUGUUUAUGCGAGAGGCUCUGGCUCUCAGGCUGGACUUGGUGGAGUCCAGAGUGCAGGUCUGGUUCCAAAACCGCCGGGCCAAAUGGAGAAAGAAAGAGAACACGAAGAAGGGCCCGGGGCGGCCGGCUCACAACUCCCACCCCACGACGUGCAGCGGGGAGCCCAUGGACCCCGAGGAGAUCGCCCGCAAGGAGCUGGAGAAGAUGGAGAAGAAGAAGCGCAAGCACGAGAAGAAGCUCCUCAAAAGCCAAAGCCGCCACCUGCACUCGCCCAGCGGCCUCUCCCUGCACAGCACGCCCAGCUCCGACAGCGACAGCGGCGGCGGGGGGGGCCUCUCGCCCGCCCCGCCCGAGGCCAAGCCCCGCGGGCAGCCCCCGCCGCCCCACCCGCCGCCCCCCGCCGCUCCCCCCUCCGAGCCGCCCCCCGGCGCCUGCGACCAGACGGCAGAGCCCUUCUACCCCAGCCAAAGAAGCGGGAGCGGGCGGCUCCAGCGCCCGCCCGACAAGGACUGCGCGGCCGCCCCGUCGGGGGACGGCAGCGGGGGCGCGGGGGGGCCCCGCGGCGCCGGCAGCUUCCACAAGCUCAACCCCUUCAGCGUGGAGAGCCUCCUCUCCGACUCGCCCCCCCGCCGCAAAGCCGCCCCGGAUUUCCCCGGCCUCCCCCCCUGCGCCCCCCGCACCCUCAUCGGCAAAGGACACUUCUUGCUCUACCCCAUCACCCAGCCCCUGGGCUUCCUCGUCCCGCAGACCGCCCUCAAGGCCAGCCCGGGCCCCGAGGCCGGUCAGCCCCCCCGGGACUCCCCGCUGCCCGCCGCCAACCCCGGUCCGCCCGGCUGCGGCGCGGAGCCGGCGCCCGCCGGUGCCCAGCCCGGCCCCGGCUCCACGGACUCGGCGGCGGGGUCGGUGCCUCCCCCCCCCGCGCCGGCCGGAGCUUCCCCCCGUUCCGCGGCCGCGCACGGUGACCCGGCGGCGGCCGCCCCCGCGGAGGGCGGCAGCUUCCCCCGGCCCAAAUCGCCGGUCCGGGCGCGGGACGCCAGCACAGCCAGGGACAGAUCGGACUGCGGCCCCGCCGACGGCGAGGAGGUGGACAUGGACUGA